UCUUUGAAAGUGUCAAAGUACACACACGCCUAAAAAAACACUUGAACCGAACAACAUCAUUUCUUUUUAAACACUUCGGGUAAUAUAAAACCUAUUCUGGAAAAAAUGUUUUGAUUUCUAUAAAUAAUAAAGUUAAAAACAUUACAAAUAAUAACAAUAUUAAUAAUAAUAACAUACUUUUGGUCACAAAUUCUCCUUUAGCGCUACCUUCAGCGCUUUAUUACUUGAUAAAAUAUUUUGCACGUGCAAAAUGUUUUUGGUAUACAAGCGUAACAUUCCAAAAGAGUUUGUUCCUUAAAUCUUUUUUUUGUGAUCUUAAAUUAUUUUCUUUAUUUUUGUUGGCUACAAAUGCGCUAAAAUUUUUAAAAAAGUUUUUUUUUUUUUUAAUUUCAGCGAAGCUUACACUUGAAUAAUUCCGAUUCAAUUUGAUAGUAUAUUUAACAAUAUAUAAAAAAAAUAUUUUCUGUCUGCAUCAAGUUGAACAAAACAUUACUAAAAGUUAUUCCAUAUUUUCAUCCAUUCUUGUUUGCUCGUCGUGCUGUUGGCUUGCAGCUCGACCAUUUUGCCGCUACAUUUUGUGCACUAAAAGCGUGUGUUCCGAGUAAAUUCAACAAAAUGCCACCGAAAAAGAAAAACGCUUCCUCCAAAAACCCCAAAACUGCUGGAGCAAACAAUCGACAAACCAAAAGAGUCAAGGAAUGUGCCAAUGACGGUGAAAAGGGCAUUCGCACUCGCGCGAAGACAUCCAAUCAACAUUACCUGAAGAACGCUCUUGAAGCAGCCAUGGUUGACAUAAAUGGAGAGGCAUAUGCGGCCGGUGGCCUCAACUUUGUGGCAACCAACUCGAUCAGACUGUCAGAAGAACAAGAUCGAUUUAUGAAUACUGAUCCGCUGGAUUUGAGUUUAAAGGAAUCGUCGUUCCGGCAACAGACUCAAACGAACAUCCAAGGUUUGAUCGAUGAAGUUAAACAUCUCACUGUUGAGGCCCCUGAUGAUCCGCUACGCAGGCUGUCACAGAAGCGAGCGUUUUAUGAAGUGGAUGAUCUUCCGUCCGACGAUUCCGAAGAUAUGCAGUUUGAUACACAAGCAAAGGCCGCCCAAGGUACAACAGAUACGGCUCAUUGUUCUUAUGAUGAUAUAGAAGAUGUAGAUGACAACGAUGUCGUUGAAAGCAGCCAACCUACUAUCGUUGCUACAAAAAAGGUGCCAUCUCAGCGCAGAGGUCUGGUGGCGGAGAUUGCGAGAGAGAUUGCACUCCUCACCCAUGAUGUCAGCAAUCCCAUUGAAGAAUCGACGCAGAUGCGACACAAUGCAGACCCCGAUGCAGACAGAGAAGCUCUCCCACAUGUUCCGGAUGUCUGGAGCCUAGAAGAGUGGCGACCGCCACGACCUGGAACACCUAAAGCUGAUACUGUCCCAGAACCUGGAACAUCGAAAGCUGGUGCUGUCCCUGAUGCUCGAAUUAUUCCAACCUUCUCUGUUGAAUCGGCUGCUACAGGGAAUGAAGCAGAGGUAAGUUCGGUUUCGAACAAACGCAAAGAAGGCUCCAAGCAUCAACAGGAAGGCGGAAAGUACCGCAAAAAGUAUCUAGCACUUAUGAGGAAAUACCGUGAAAAGUGUGAGGCAUUGAAGAAACAGAAGGAGAAGAACCAGAAACAGCUGCUUAAAAUAGCAGAACUGAAAGAUUUGUUGGUUUUCGCCAAUGUAGAGGCGAAAAAAGCGCAAUUGGAUCCAAAUGCUAAACAUGUAAGUGAUAUAGUUCAUUCAAUUGCCAAUGGUAUUUUGUUUACUUCUUUUAUUCAGUUAUUUUUUUAAUAUUUUUUCCUUUAAUUCUUUCAACAGACUUUCACAACGAAUGAUGAAAUCGACAUGACUGAAAGUCAAAUCGAAGAAAUUAAUAUGGCCUCCAAAUCCGACGUUACCUUCGGGCAAAAUCUUGCGAUAUUUUUCUACGGUGCCCAAAGAUUACGAGAAAUGUCCGUAACAGGGACUGCAACUCGUCGGUUCAAGAACUCAAAACCACGACCAGGCAUAUCACCGAAAAAACUAACAUUCAUCCACGGUAUGUAUCGAGAGUUUCGGAAAUAAUUUUAAAAUUCAAGCAAUUACCAGAAUGAAAUUUUUGUCCACAGAAAAAGUGCAACAACGAGUCGCCGCACGGGUUGGCGCCAAUAAUCUAUCUUUGAUCAACACGUUGGCUCAUUCAACCGUAAUAAACAAAGGAAUUGCUGAAAAGAUUGCGAACCUAAACAAGGCAAAUAAGUACGCAGAGGCUCGCAGUGCCAGUCGAGAUGUGGGCCAGGAAGCCCAUUCGAAAUGAUGGACUUGUCUAUGCCCAUUACUAGGGCGGUUUUAUAUAACAUAACGUAACGUUAAGUUUCAAUUUGAUUUUUAUUGCAAACUUGUUCUGUUUAAAUAAGCGUUGAAUUUGUUUUUUGCUGAAUGGCUUAUGAGCCAAUGUAUAAGCCAAGGUACUCAUUUGGCUAAUUUUAAACUCGCAAAGAUUCCGAAAAUAAAUAAUGAUUUUUCUGGACAAAAUAUCUGAGUUAUUCUUAUUGUAUGAAAAAUAUCACAAUACCAUUUAACUGUAUGGUAUGCAUAUUGUAGAACAGUAGAAUAGUUGAUAGAAAACCAUUCCUUUACAAUUUAUUGUAUUGUACAUUGGGGGAAACUAUACUAUUAUGAACGGAACAAAAACAAUACACUGUAUUGUUCUGGUACUAUUUGAGAACAAUUAAAUGUAUGGUGAUUUUCAUAUUUCACCUAAAUUUAAGAACAAUACUUUAACAAUACAUCUUAUUGUUUUUGGAAAAAAAAUGUAUGGAGAAAAAACUUUUUUUAUAUUGUUACGAUACUUAACAACCCGUAUAGGAUAUUGUAAAAAGCUCAUAUACCAUACAGUAAAUGGUUUGAAACAAAAUAUAUUAUGGUAAGUGUAUUGUAAUUUUUACAAUACCUGAUAUUGUUUUCAUAUCAUUUUUAAUAGUACUGUUACAAUACAUUGUUUUGUUUUUGAAUAAUAUUUUUUAUUCGGGA